AUGAGUAUGUUACUAGCUGGUGGACGAUCCGUAACAGCUCAUCGAAUUUCACAAAAUGGUGUUCAUAGAACAAAUUAUCCAAUGCAGUGGUCAUCAUCAAGUACGCAACGUCAUGAAAGUUUGUCUCCAUUGAGUGUACAUCGUGAUAGUGCAUCUUCAAUUAUUCUACGUCGUGAAAGUAUAUCUCUAAUGGGUCGACGUCGUGCAUUGGAUUUAUAUGGUACUAAAGAUGUACUCUUUACACAUGAACAAAUGAAAAAAGCAACACGAUAUAAUACCAGUGCAACAGGUUUCCAUUCUUUCGGGUGGACCUUUGAACGCCAACAUCCCGAUUUUGGAUUCAAAUCUUUGCGCAUUCCUCUUAUAACUGGACAAAGUUAG